AUGCGCGCUUUCUUUUUCAACCCAAGGUCUCUGCUGUAUCGCUCGAUAGGCAGGUUUCACUCAACUGCGGCUAAUAACGAUGUUUCGUUCUCGAUGUUAAGCUUGAAAAUCGGAUGGGCAUCGCAGGUACGAGAACACCCAAACUCUGAUAAAAUGUAUAUCUCUAAGAUCCAAUUGUCUCAAGACGGUGAUGAAGACGGCAAAGAGCCUGUUUUCAAGCAGGUUUGUAGCGGUCUGAGAGAGUAUGCUACCGCUGACGAGCUGCAAGGUCGAUUGCUGCUGGUUGUGGACAACAUGAAGAAAUGCAAGUUACGAGGCGAGGUAAGCGAGGCCAUGGUCUUGUGUGGCGAUAGUAAUGAUGCGAGCGGUAGUAGCGUAGUAGAGACGUGUGUUCCGGCGCUUUUCGAUCGUCGAUUGAUCGGAAAACCGGUCUUUUUGAAAAAUAGUGCACAAAGCGAGCCUAGUACGCGUAAAAUCAAGCCCAACGAGUGGGUAAUACUCAGUGAGAGGCUCAGUGUUGGAUCACAAGGCGAAGUGGUAUACAAGGACCCACACACAAACCAAAAGACUCCUCUAUGUGUGGAAAACGGCGAAUCCACCUCAGUGCCGAUCGUGGUCAAUUAUGUACCUCCGGGGACUUCAAUUCGUUGA